AAAUAAAUAAUAAACCAAUUCUGUUCCCAAUUCUUCUGUAAAUUCUGCAAAGACGAUGGACACUUAAAUUUUGAAACUCGGAAGAUGUUCGUCAUCUCAUUCCAGAAGUGGAUGUGAAGGAAAGCCCGCCAUAGGGAGCAAUGACGCAACGACCCGUCUCGUGGUGGCAACUGACCGAGCCGGCGAAGUUGUCUCGUCUCCUCGACCCGUGCGACACGGCGGGUGAGCAAAAUGAAUGAGCACAUUCUACUACGCCGUUGUUAAAAGAGCCAACACCGCGUGUUUGCUUUCCGUCAUAUUACUUUGGCAAUAAAUGACCUAAAUAUCUGUCUUAAGAAGUGAAUUGAAAGCAGUCUACUUCCUUUCCCCCCCUUGAAAAAACUUUGACGUUUUAAAUGACAUCAUUCGGUAGAGGCAACUAAUAAUUUAUAUGCAUAGACGCGUGUGACAAUAAAGCCAUCGAAAUCAAUGAUAUCAUGACGCGUCUGAGAUUUUCGUCCUUGACUGUUUACUUACAUUUCUUGCAAAACCUGAAAAAAAAAAGCCUCACAGAAAGUCACAAAAAGUUUUUGUGGUUGAUCAUGGAAAUGGUCACAACAGCUAGCUCGAGCUUAGAGUUACAUUAUCGCGACGAUCCUGCUCACUUAAGGAAAGUGUGGGGAUGAGAGCCGCCACCGGUGAUCCUUUAACAGCAGUUAAGUAGCAGAGCGUGGCGGUGCCAAAGCAUCGCUUUGCUGCUGUGUAAGGAUGAAGAAAAUAUUCAAGUUCCCGAGGAGGAAGACAUCAUCAAUUGAUGCAUCUGACAGCGCCUCCAUAGUCACCACUGCCAGUGAUAUAAGAGAAAAUGAGAUGGGCAAGUUUCACAAGGCUGCCUGGCAGGGUGACAUGGUCAAGCUGGAGCAGCUUGUCAAAAUCGUUGAUAUCAAUCAAGUUGACAAGCAAAACAGAACAGCACUUCACCUUGCUUGUGCCCGCGGAAAUGUCGAGGUGGUGAGAUUCCUCAUGGAGAAAAAAGCCCAGAUCAAUUUAUGUGACAAUCAAAAUAAGUCUGCUUUAAUUAAGGCAGUGCAAGAACAGCAUGAUCUCUGCGCCAACAUUCUACUGGAAAACAAAGCCGACCCCAACUUGGUGGACACAGACGGUAACGCGGCUUUACAUCUGGCCUCAAGCAUCCCGUUGAUGUCCACCGUCAUCUUGCUUGUGAAGCAUGGCGCUGACAUCAACAUCAAAAAUCUGGAAGGCGUUUCACCCCUGACUGUGGCAGUCCAAGAGGACCAAGUAGAAGUGGCAGAGUUUCUGUUGAAGAAAGGUGCCAAUGUUAAUAUUUUGGACAGACAUCGGAGGUCACCGUUAAUGAUAGCUGCGGGCAACGGACACUUCGACAUGGUGCGACUGCUGUUAAAGUUUAGGGCCAAUGUUGAACUGAAGGACAGCAAAGGACAUUCAGCGGAGGACUAUGCCGAGUUGGAAUACCACGAUACUUGUAGCGUCCUUAUCAUGGAGCAUAGGAGGAAACAUGCCGCCUUGCUGGUCCCGCCAAGUCCAAGUAAAAAAAGGUCAAAAUCCCUGGAACGUGCCUCAAGCAAAGAUGCUGUAAAUGUUGACCGCGUGUAUUCCGCCGGUGCACACAAAGAGGAUCCAAAGCGCAAAGAGAGUGACAUGAGCCAACUAAUCAAGUUUUUGACCCAAUUGGAAAAAGAAAAAAACACAAAAUUUGACGCAGAAGAACCUGGUUCAGACUGGGAUAAAACCAGCAACGCCAGUAAAAGGACUCUGCCAGAAGGCUCGGUGGCGUCUCAGAUAUCUGAGGAAUUCCCAGAAUGUUCCACAUCCUCCGCGGAGGUGAGGGAGGUGGAGGUGCAGCCAAAAGCAUCUGGCAGGAGUAUCUCAGAGACCGUACACUUGAGCCCACGACCCAGACCUCAUUCAAAGAAGAUACUUCCGGAGAGUGAAAAAUCUGAUUACGACCAAGAUGUUAUAUUUGUAUCCUGCUUUAAGCCCAAACCCGAAGAUCGGCAUCAUAAAGAAUUCCCUGGGCCAGGCUCCCCUGGUACCUCAAGAAUGUCAAGAGACAUCAGAAGUCGUUUGCAAUCUGACAAGGAAGCAGGCAGUAAACCAAAGGGGAGAAAUACGGAGUGGUCUUUUCAGGUUACCAAAGAGCCUGCUCCGAUUGUUUCAAUGAAAAAUCAGAAUAUUAGCGACGUCGGUGGAAGAAGAUCCGGAGGACAUGCAAGUGACAAAACGGAGAGUUCGAUGAGCCGCAAAGGCAGUUCAUUGAGAAGCAAAGAAAUGUCAAGUCAAGCUGACGCCUCUUUGCAUUCAAAGAAGCAGGCAGCAAGCAGACCACUGGGGUUAUCGCCACUGCCACAGCGAUUCUCCAUUGCGGACAGACCUGAAGAGCAGACGGCAGAGAGGAUCUCACAACUGGAAGUAGUUAGCAAGGCUCACUCCACCAGAGUCGUUCCGAGCAGCCGAGAUCUCGUUGUGAACGAUGACACUUUAAGCGAUGGGUCGGAUGAUGAAGGAAGGUCGCACCCCAAACAGAAGCUGAAAAAACAGCGCAUCGACGAAAUGGAGAUCUCCGAGGAGCUUGAUGAGAUUACGUCCUCAUCAGAUGGGACUCUUGAAGAAGAUAACCAAUUUAGGGUGAAGCUGGAGGACAUUGUAGGCCAACAAAACAAGCACCCCAUUCUGAAGCCAAAAGACCAUCAUGGCUGCGCGGUCAAGGUGACCAAACUAAAAGAGGAGAAGGCACAAUUAAAGACCAAAAUGGAGGAGGUUAAAGAUGAUCAAUGUGUCAUGGAGCACAAACGCAUGCAAAUGGAAACGGAGCUCGCAAACCUCAGAUCAUCAUCGAAACAACAGCAGGAAGAUUGGCUUAAUACCAUCAGGAUGUCCCAACUCAACAAUACCAAGCUUGAAGAGGACCUCCGACAGGCCAACGUGCAGUUGUCUCAGGAACGUUGCACAAAUGCGCAGUUGCAGCAAAAGCUCAAGAGUCAGGACUGCAAGCAACAGACCAUGGAAGAGGACUACAAGAGAACCAAACAUAACGCGGAGCAUCUGCGGACAGAACUUGAGGUGACCCAGGCACACAGCAGCACCAAACAAAGGGACCUCAUUGAAGAGAACGAAGCCCUCAAGGAGCAGCUUGAAGAGCUUCGCCAAGAUCUCCGACUUACAAGCGACAACCAGGCCCAAAGUGUCUUGGAGUGGAACAACAUGAUUACGGGAUUGAAGUGUGAAGUGACCCUCGCGAAUGCCCGACUGGAGGCUCAGUAUCAAGCUCAUAGCGUAUUGGAAGGCGAGACUCAGGCCGUCCGCACCCGCCUGGCAGAGGCCGAGCGACUUCGGGUGGAAAUGGACAAAGCUCUACUCCAAGAGAAGGAAGAACAGCAGCGGCUCAAAGACAAACUUGCAAGUGAGUUGGCCAAUCAACGAGAAGCGUUCACCAAACUAUCCCAGAAGCUGUCCAAGUCCAAGUCACAUGGCAACUCAAUGGAGAACGAAGUCCAUCGAGUGGAGGUGCAGCUGACGGAGAAAAAUGCGCAGAUCGCCACCCUGCAGCGUGAAAUCGACCAGAUAAACGCACGCGUCAAAGAGCUGGAAGCGCUUCUGCAGACCGAGAAGGACCUCGUCAGCUGGGCCGGAGCGCGCCAAGAGGCCACGCAGGAGCUCCUCGGCCAGUCCCAGAGCGAAGGCAUCAUGCUGCGGCAAAAGCUGGAGGAGGCCCAAAAACAGUGCGCUGCAAAGGAGAUCGCCGUGUCAGACGCCCAAAAGUGUUUCACUGAAAUUUUGACCAAGCUUCGCUCAGACUGCGAAGACAGAGUACAACUCGUGCAGGACAGGAAUCAGGAUCUCGCGACCAAGGCCGCUGAACUUCGAGAACAUAUCCACCAAUUACAGGAGGAGAAAAAUGACAAAGAGGCUAGUCUGAAGCAGUUGCAGGCCGACUGUGCGGACUCGUUGAUGAAGCUCUCAAAGUGUGAAGCCUCUCUCGAACUCCACGAGCGAUAUCGCAGUGAAUCAGAGGAAGAGAAAGCUCGACUCUACAAAGAAGUGGACCGGCUUAAAAGAAAGUUGGAGGAAAGGGAAUCCCACUGUAAUCACGCUGAGAAACUGGCGACCAAUCUCAGGAGUCGUCUGGAUGAAAAAGAGCAACAACUCAGCGUUACUACUCAGAAAUACAAGGAGGCAGCAUCUGAACUAGCCUCCACCAAAAUCUCUGUCAAACAGCGGGACGAGCUUAUCCACAGGCAACGAAUGGUACUUAAGGGUGCAAAGAGGAAAUUGCGUGAUCACCAAGCAAGCGAAAUAGAGAGAGAAAAGGUGAAUGAGCUGCAGGCCGAGCUGAAGAGGCAAACGACCUUCCGCAGUCUUCUGGAGAAGAAUAAGAAGCAGUUGGAGGACGAGGUGCAGAGCCUGAGACGCAGAGUGGAGACAAACACGGUGGAGCACAGGCACGUGGAACAGUACCGCCGUGAAAUCGAGGAGAAGGCCCGACAGGAAAUACAGAAGAAAAUACACGAGGUCAACCUAUUCUUGCAGUCCCAGGCAGCGACGCAGGAGGCACAAGACCAGAUAAAAACCACCACCGAAGUCAGCCUGCGCGCCAAAAUCCAAGAAUUGGAGGGCGAACUGAAACGAGCGCGAAGCAUCCAUCACGACGCCAUCGCCCAGAGAGAUGCCAUACACAAAGAGCUGAAGCGCUACAGGCAGAUGCACAGAGAAGAGCAGUGGCUGCGCAAGUCCCUCAGUAACGACCUCAAAAGGAGUAACAACCGGCUCACAGAAGCCAAUUCCAAAUUGCUCAGCGAGCGCUGCAAGUCUCUCGUGUCGUCAGCAAUCCCGGGGAUCGCCGGCCCCGCGGCUUCUACCUCCACCGCGAUGGCGGCACCAUACAGGAUGCGCAACUCCAGAAUCCUCAGCCCUGUGGCUGAAGGAUCGAGCAGCAAUGUGGAGGAUUACCUGUCCAAGCGCUGAACACAGAGAACGCUCGCAGCAGACUGAGGGAAAUCGAUGAAGACGAGCAAGGCCAAAGCGACUCUUGAUGUGCACAUGGCCCGCAUGCCUCAAGGAUGGAGCCGGACCCUGUUACCAGAACCAAGCAGCAGUGCUUCAGUGGUCUUGAAGAACAACCGCGAGGAAUGUCCCUGCAGUAACAACAAGCCGAGAAAGAUGUGACUGACAACUUCAGAAGCAUCAGACUGAGACGACUCCACUCGAGCUCAUAGUGCUUGCUGGCUGUUGGCUCUUUUUGCAUGAAUAAAUGCAUAUAAGGAGCAUGGCCCUAGCCCACCAUUGCUCUUGUGAUUUUGGCACUACAUUUCAAAUACGGACUGCACCGACCUCAUCUGUCACGUUCCACCAAGAUUACAAUUUCCCCUUAAUGGAGAAAAGUACGCGCACACAAUGCACAUUGCACUUAAGCACUCACGCCUUUAGCCACACCCCCGAUGUGACACAGUACUUGAACUGUUGACAAUUGGCCAGCUGCACAAUUUGAAACGGCUCCAUGUGAUCGAGUGCAAUCUUAAUGACGCCGCCAAGUACAACCACAAUUCGCACUUUUAUUACCUCCCUUGGCGGUGUCGGUCUAAACCAGUAUGAAAAGGCAACGUUUAUGUUCUGGUGAGAUUGCCAAUGUAACUAAGGUGGCUAAUUGGUGUGUCUCUACCGCAUACUGUAUCUUGCAUCGUAAAAGAGAGAAAUUAUUUUUAUAAGCAUCAUACAGUAGAGAUUUUUAUAUAUAAUCCUCGUUUGGGAUUUUUAUCUGUUUUUGCUGUUUUUGAUUUGAUGUAUGUAUCAUUAAUUAUUUGAUAUGUGCCAUCAUAAGGGGAGAUGUUUGUCUUGGCUUUAGUGUUAUAAUUUAUUUUUUUAGGGAACAAGGGAUUGUGACUUAUUCUCAUGUUGCUGCAUUUAUGUUGCCAUUUACCGGUACAUGUUCUGUCCUUUGUAUUUGUGGUCAUAUUAUUAGUUUUCUGUACAUAUCUUGUAUCUUUUUAUUUUUUGUCAUGAUGUAAAUAGAGAAAUUUUGUAAAUCUUGUAAAUUAGCCGAACGUUGUAAAUAAAUGUGUGCAACAGCCCAAACUGGAAGAUAUUUGGUAGACAUAGCUGCUAAAUCACCAUUAUGUAUACAUAUGCAAUUUAUGUACACCGUUGAACUUUAA